AUCCGAUCUAGACAGAUCGACCACGAUGCAGCACGAGGGACACUGAAAAACACGUUAAACGCGAUUCCUUCCUGUUCGGCCGGGGUGUAUCAGGGGAAGACGACUCCACCUCUGGAGGCGGAGCAAUGGAGUCCGGCGAGCUCCUGCGCCGACCCGGGCCGUCCGCCGGCUCCAAAUCCGACGUCCGGGGCGGCUGGUGCGCGGCGUUCUACCUCGUUGUGGUCGCGUUCUUGGAGCGCCUCGGGUUCUACGGCGUGCAGGGUAACCUGAUCAUGUACCUGACCGGCCCGCUCGGCAUGCCCACGGCGGCCGCGGCCGCCGGCGUGAACGCGUGGGCCGGCACCGUGCAGGUGCUGCCGCUUGUCGGCGCGCUCGCCGCCGACUCGCGCCUCGGGCGGUACCGCGCUGUCCUGGCCGCCGGCGUGCUCUAUCUGCUGAGCUUGGGGAUGCUGACGGCCUCCUCCGCGCUGCAAGCAGCGCAGCCUCACUCUGCGAGCUCGCCACCGUCGACUUCUCCUGCGCACCUCACCUUCAUCUACGUCGCGCUCUACCUCCUGGCGCUGGCGCAGGGCUUCCACAGGCCGUGCGCGGAAGCCCUCGGCGCGGACCAGUUCGCGCUGAGCGACGGCGGCGACCCCAGCUCGCCCGCGUCGCGGAGCUCCUACUUCAACUGGUUCCACUUCUCCAUCUCGUGGGGCUACGCCACGUCCACGACGGCGCUGAGCUACGUGGAGGACAACGCCGGCUGGACCGCCGGGUUCGGCGCGUGCUGGGCCGUGAUGGUGCUCAGCCUAGCCGUCUUCUUGCUCGGCGCACGGACGUAUCGUGCUGAGGAACCCGUCGACGGCAGCCGAUUCGUCGAGACCGUGCGCGCAUGGGCCGCGAGGUUCUUCCACCGCAAGGAUGCCGCUGGCACCGAACGACUUCUAGAUCGACAACCCGAGGAGGGUGAAGGAGUCGUCUUGAAGCUGCUCCCAAUAUGGUUGGGUGCCAUGGUCUACGCGGCCGUCACUUCGCAGGUCUACACUCUGUUCACCAAGCAGGGCAGCACGCUGGACCGGCGCCUCGGCACGGGGCUUGUCGUGCCACCCGCGGCGCUCCAGUGCCUGGUCAGCUUCACCUUCAUCGCCAUGCUCCCGGUGUACGAUCGGGUCUUCGUGCCCCUGGCGAGGCGCGUCACCGGGCACCCCGCCGGCGUCACCACGCUCCAGCGGAUAGGCGCUGGCAUGGCCAUGUCCUGCGCCGCCAUGGCCGUCGCGGCGCUCGUCGAAGGCAGGCGGCUCCGCGUGGUCACGGCCGCGGGCCUGGUGGAUAGGCCGGACGUGGCCGUGCCAAUGAGCCUGUGGUGGGUGGCGCCUCAGUACGUUCUGAUGGGCCUGGCGAUGGCACUGGCCGACGUCGGCCUGGAGGAGUUCUUCUACGACCAGGUACCCGACGCGGUCCGCAGCAUCGGCCUCGCGCUGUGCCUGAGCGCCAUGGGCGCGGGGAGCUACUCCAGCGGCAUGCUCGUGUCGGCGGUCGACUGGGCGACCAGGGGCAGCGGGGAGAGCUGGAUCUCCGACAACCUCAACCGAGCGCACCUCGACUACUUCUACUGGCUCCUGGCAGGGCUCGCCGCUCUAGACGUCGCCGUCUUUUUGUAUUUUUCAAAGCGGUUUGUGUACAGGAGCAAAGGCGAGCAGCGACUUGUAACAGACGGGAAACGGAGCCGUCUGCGCUCGCGUCGCCGCCCCAAUCCAGCGCUCGCGUUGCCCGCGUCCGGCCGCCACCUGGACGCAGCCGCGAGCCAGCUGGGAGGCCGUCGGGAUGCCGCCGCGAGUGGGGUGGCCGCCGGGACGCGCCUUGGUGAGCACCAUGGCCGUCUGGGUGAGCACGUCCUUGUGCUCGUGCACCGCCGUGAGGCGGAGGUGCGGCGGGCCCUCGGGACGCGCGGCCAGAAGGUGGAGGGGCUCGAGCCACUGGGUGGCGUCGGCGCCGCCAAGGCCGACGACGUGCACGAUCUUCUCCGACUCCAUAGCCUACAGGAUGGACUAGUUGGCGGCGGCGGCGGCUGCGAGGCGGAGGAACAGGCAGAGGUCGAGGAAGUGGCAGCGCGCGGCGGUGAGCUCGGCUGCGGUGGGCGCGGUGCCGGGCAGGAGCAGCGCCCGGCAGAGGCCCGGCCACGCCCGGAGCGCGCGGCGCGACAGGGCCUCCGCGAAGGCGGCCACGACGCGUUGCCUGGUGUCGCCGUCGGGGCGGCGAGCGAGGCGAUGAGUGCAAGCAGAAGCAGGCACCAGCACCAGCGUGGAGGAAGGGUGCCUCGUCGCCGUCGCCGCUGCGGUCGCCGCGUGGCGUCCUCCCCGCGAAGCAGCCAGCUUGCCGGCCGGCACGAGCAACCGGCAGCGCCCCUUCCGCGGCGGGCGGCGGCAGGGCCUCCCACGGCACGCCCCUCCUCGCGGUGCGGCCGGCCGGCGCGAGCAACCGGCGGAGUCCCUUCCACGCCAGCGGCCCUGUCUACCGGCGGCCAGGCGCGGAGGCAGCCUCUCGCGGCAGGCCCGGGCCGUCCCGGCGACCUCCCAGCUGGCUCGCGGCUGCGUCCCGCCGGCGGCCCGACGCGGGCACCGCGAGCGCGCGGGAUUGGGGGCGGCGACGCGAGCGCAGACGGCUCCGUCUCCCUUCUGUUAGCGCUGAUGGAGAAUAUUUGCCUGCGCGUGGGCCCAACGAAGGGAGUCCCUUGGAUUCGUUUUAGAGGGUUGAGAUGCAGGCUAUGUUACAUUGUGACAUGCCAACCCUAUCUCCCCCAAUCUGAGUGCAUCGGAGGACAGGAGCCACCGGCGACGACUGGCGAGAGACCACUCAUCAUGGACGCCGCGGUGGAGGCCCUUCUGCCGCAGCCGGCGGCUGCCCUGGACCACCUUGCCCGGCCGGCCUCCCACCUCACCACCGGCCGGUGGCCCGCCGCCUUCUUCAUCAUCGGGGUGGAGAUCUCGGAGCGGUUCGCGUUCUCCGGCAUCUCGGGGAACCUGAUCACCUACCUCACCGGCCCGCUCGGGCAGUCCACGGCGUCGGCCGCCGCGGCCAUCAACGCCUGGAGCGGCGCCGCGCUCAUGCUGCCGCUGCUCGGCGCCACCGUCGCCGACUCAUGGCUCGGCCGGUACCGCGCUAUCAUCAGCGCCUCCCUCGUCUACAUUCUGGGACUGGGGAUGCUCACCCUAUCAUCAUUUUUUGUGCCACAACAACCGUCAGAAUUUGAAGACAAUGUGGAUUCUUCAGUAUCCUGGAUGGGUAUUCAUUUAGCUUUCUUCUAUGUGUCACUUUACGUGGUGGCUUGUGCUCAAGGUGGCCACAAACCAUGUGUCCAAGCAUUUGGGGCUGACCAAUUUGAUGAGAAUGAUCCUGAAGAAUGUGCCUCAAGGAGCUCCUUCUUCAAUUGGUGGUACUUUGGGACUUAUGGAUCCAAUAUUGCCACACUUUCAAUCUUGAAUUACAUUCAAGAUAACAUAAGCUGGCAGUUUGGGUUCGGAAUCCCAUGCAUUGCCAUGGCUGUUUCUCUUACAAUUUUCUGGCUUGGUACAAAGAAGUAUCGCUUCUAUCCUCCAACGAAUAGCAGAGGGCUAUUUGGAUAUAUUGGUAAAUCACUUCUUGCAUGGAUCCGAUGCUGGUGUGCAUCAUGGUCUCCAAAAUCAUCUGCUGAUUCUCACUGUGCAACAACAUCAUCAUCCAAGGGAGACAAGUACAAAGCAGAAACCAGUUUUUUUUCUGACAAUGCUGUGGCAGUGCUUAGAUUGCUCCCAGUAGGGGCAACCUGCCUGAUCUAUGCAGUUGUCUUUGCCCAAUGGAUGACACUCUUCACUAAGCAAGCAAGUACACUAGAUAGGUGGAUAGGUACCAUACAGGUACCAGCUGCUACCCUUCAAAGCUUUAUCAGUGUGUCAAUCAUCGUCUUUGUUCCUAUAUAUGACCGCAUCCUCAUUCCGCUAGCUAAGAAAUACUCGAAUAACACUUGUGGUAUCACGACAUUGCAACGAAUAGGAAUUGGGUUGGUUAUUUCUGUGAUCCUGAUGAUUGUUGCAGCUCUUGUGGAGAUGAGAAGGCUCCGGAUAGCAAGAGACUAUGGCCUAGUGGACAAACCUGAGGCCACAAUCCCUAUGAGCGUCUGGUGGGUUGUCCCUCAAUUCAUUCUGUCUGGCUUAGCAGACGUGUUCACAAUGGUGGGCUUGCAAGAAUUCUUCUAUGAUCAAGUACCAGAUGGUUUGCGCAGUUUGGGCCUUGCUUUAUACCUGAGCAUAUUUGGAAUUGGGAGCUUCAUCAGUAGCUUUCUUGUGUACGCAAUCGACAAGAUGACCAGUAGGGAAGGAGACGGUUGGUUCUCUAACAAUCUAAACCGAGGGCAUCUUGACUACUUCUAUUGGCUUUUGGCUGUGCUCGAUGUUUUUGGGUUGGCUGCGUACCUGUACUUUUCACGAGUGUAUGCCCAUAAGAAAAAGGAGCUGGGGCUUUAGUACAGUGAUUGUCUACAAAUACCCAUUUGGAAUAAAAUAUGCCUGAGCAACGCUUGUGGAUGCAUCUCGGUCGUCAUGGCAGGUUUCUGUGGAAGUUCUUCAAAGGCGCAGGCUGGAAGAUGGUUUGCAACUUAUCAUUGGUGAAUACAGAUGUCGUACAGUGUCAACAAUACAAAUGUUUUACAGUGCUAUCGGCAUAGAUGUUGUACAACUUACUCUUUUCCCUGUGCAAUCUCUGUUUUGAGCUGAAUUCGGUAUGCUCAAGCAGUGAAGCUACAUGAUGCAAUGACUGGUUGCGAAAUGCCAGCUUUCUCCGAACUUGUGCAAAAAUCUUGAAAGCUAUAGAAUGAUCUUGGAAUUGCUAUGCGCAAA